UGGCUGUAGCGCCAUGGCUGGCGUGGGCUUCGAGGAGUUCUCGGCGCCGCCGGGCUCGGAGCUGGCGCUGCCUCCGCUCUUCGGCGGCCACAUCCUCGAGUCCGAGCUGGAGACGGAGGUAGAGUUCGUCGGGGGAGCCCUGGGUGGGCCGGGCCUCCGCGAGAGGGAGGAAGAAGAGGAGGCGGCCCGGGGCCGACGGCGCCGCCAGCGAGAGCUGAGCCGCCGCAAGUACCAGGCGCUGGGCCGGCGCUGCCGGGAGAUCGAGCAGGUGAAUGAGCGGGUCUUGAAUAGACUUCACCAGGUGCAGAGAAUCACAAGGAGGCUCAGGCAGGAGCGAAGGUUUCUUAUGCGAGUACUGGAUUCCUAUGGAGAUGACUACCGGAAGAGCCAGUUCACUAUUGUCCUGGAGGAUGAGGGCAGCCAAGGCCCUGAUGCCCCUACCCCAGGAAAUGCAGAGAAUGAGCCGCCGGAAAAGGAAAGCCUGUCACCUCCCCCUCGGAGGCCCCCUGAGCCAAGCAGUCCCCCACCUGGGGAAGGCCCCAGUGGAAGAAAGAGGCGGAGGGCCCCCCGGGAUGGACGCCGAGGUGGGGUGAUGCUAACCCCAGAGCUAGGCCCAGGCCAGAUCAAAGUUGAGGAUGCCUUUGGCUUUGAGGCGGAUGAAGCCCUCACCACGGGAUGGGUGGCCCGAGGUCCAGACAGACUGCUUUCCUACCCCACUUUGGCCAGCCCUCCCUUUGACAUUACCCCCCAAUAAAGCUCUGCCUCCCCUCUA